AUGGAGGCGCAUGAGUACCGGAGCCGGGUGGCACAAUGGGUCGGCUGCCUGGAACGGCGCACCUCGACGGCCGAGGGGUUGCGACGGCCGCGACCGACGGAAGCGGAAGAGCCACCGGGCGAUGGCAACCGUGCUCUGACGCAGUUGUUUGUCUUGUUUGCCUGCGCCGUUGUGAACAAGGAACGAACUGUGAGCGCGAAGAGGUCAUUCUUUGACCAGCAUAUGAGCAGACUGUUCCAUAACUUCGAGGAUACAGGGCCGUUGUUUGACUGGAUCUGCAGCCUUACGGAGAGCUACCGUUCCAGCAAGUCUUUCACCAAAAAGAGCGUUCUUUUACGCAAACCGCUGGUCCUCUCCAUGCUGACCACAACCACAGCUGCAACUGCCACGACCACUGUCAACUCGACGUCAGCCAACGUUAAGGCCAACGCGGCUGUAGCGAGUGAGGAGUUGGUGCUAAUGGCAUUGGGCAGUAUCCGGGAGAACUGGGAGAGUUUGUUGAUGCAGUUUUUGAGGCAGUUACGACUAGAGUGGUUCAAGAGUUUAAGUGCGAAAGAUGGCACAGAUUUUCUACGGCGAUUGAUUCCGGUGUUGAUGGUACGGCAGUUUGAGUGUGUGACAUUUGCUUCUCGUGGCGUAGAGGUGGUGUUGGUGGACCGGCCGGAACAGACGACGUUUGCGUUUGUGAUUGGCGGCGUCCUGAUGCGGUUAGGUGUUCCGUAUGCCGUGAAUACUGUGCAUCAAUUGGAAGAUGGUUGCACGACAACGCGGAAUGUCAUUGCCAGUGACUGGAACGCAAAGACGAACGUGCAGCGACGGAAACGUGACGCCCUUCAAGCCACCAACGAUGAGACCGCCCGCAUCGCUGGUGGCCGUGUGCGUCGGGAAUUGGCACCGGGAACUCUUACCCUGAUUGUCAAGGAACCCGCCGGUGCACGUUCCGCUACGACCUCCAAAAUAACUGAGCCGGACGACUCUGUACGUGGGAACUCGGAAGGAGAUUUAGUCGGUGUGGCAGGGGAAGCAUCAAAAGGUGGCCGGGAGGGGGCGGCGGAAGAGUCCAGUGUAGGUUUGGCACUGUGCAUUCCAGGCGACGUCCUCCGGGAAUGUUUUAAGUGUCCAUUAACGCAGCCGGAGAGUGUGUAUGCCGUGAAGAUGUUAGCUGUCGACCGGGCAGUGUUGAACCCGCCCAAGGCGCCAGAGACGAUGAGUUUGUUGGCAGAUUGGUUCAUCGAUAGUAUGGAGCUAUUCAGUGAUGCGGCUCGUCGUGACGUUUACAAGUCGACGACAUAUCGGUUCAUGAGUCGGCUGGUAGAUCCAAUCCAGCGUGUGUACCCGAAACAAAAUCCGACUCCUGUGGAGGCCAAGGGGUUAGCUUUAUGUCUGGUGCCUUUUAUGAGGAAGGUUAUGAAAGCUGUUGAAGAGGCCUUGCUACUCACCACAAACCAUUCACACUUGAUCAAUGCCGCUGUAUGGUUGGAAGCAUUUGUCAAGUUUCUACAGCCCGAACAUCUGCGCUGUCUAGUCAACGAAAUCGGCGGAACACGCUUUCUCAGCCACGUCGUCCAUGGGCUUGCCGUCCAAUGGGAAGACAUACGUAGCGCUUGCAGCCGUUUCCUCCUCUACGCCUUUACCUGGGCUGACCUCGUCAAGGCACUGUGGUUCGACGACGGACGUUUCAAGUUCGUCGGUGGUCUACCUGAACUCGAAGCCACGAACAAACCCGUCCUGCAGUGGCUAGACGCCACUCUCGCUAGUCCCAGACUCCGACACGAAGAACAGGCCCUUGCCCUCUACCGCUGCCUCCUCCAGGCCAUCUAUCGCCACAGCUGCGACCCUCUCGCGCGUCAGACUAGUGUCUCGCGUGGGAGUCACAGCACCCUAACUACGAGCGAAGAACUCCGAUGCCGGGAAAUCGGGAACCGAGAAGCCGGGACCCGGGGAACUGGGAGCACCCGCGACUCCCGCGUUCGAGACUCGCGGCUGGAGGGCUUGGCGAGAGAAGACUCGGCCGCAGCCAGCACCAUCUCAGGCCGCGAGGCGCCCCAGAUAAGCACCUCGGGCGCCACCUGGGGCACACAUGGCGCCUCUAGCGCCAAGAACCAGAGCACGGCCUCCUCUUCGUCGCUCAUAAAUUCCUCUGCCUCGGCCGACGAGUCCUCCUGCUCGUCCGGUCUGGCCGCGGGUGACGGGUCGGCGGACGAGGUCGGCUGCAGGACCGCCGGGGCGGUCAGGCACCAGAGCAGCACGGGCAGUCUCCAACCUGCGGCCGGUCUCCAACCUGCGGGCAGUCUCCAGCCUGCAGGCAGUCUCCAACCUGCAAACGGUCUCCUACCAGGCGCCAGUCUCCAGACCGGCAGCCAGGACACCGGCAGUCAGGAGACUGGCAGCCAGGAGACGGAGAGCGUGCGAACAGGCCCGGUGCACCCGACGGAGUGUACCGAGGAUGCAGCGUGGUCGAGUGGGGCGGCGGUAGCGCGCCCGUUGCCGUUGCCGCUGGACAGUUUGGUGUCUUUCGAAAGCCGCGGCGAAGUGUUGGCGCCGGUGCCGCUGACGGCGGCGGAGCAAAGGGCGUUAUUAGAGCACUUUGGCAUCGAGGACCUGAUGCCGAUGACGGUGUUAGAGGCUAUUUGCCGGGGCAUGCAGACGGACAUUGCGGCCGUCUCGGCGGGGCGUAUCCGCAUGCUGGAAGCCGCCAUCCGUAUUUUGUUCCCACACGCGUGUGCGAGAGGGGCGGCGUGUUCUGGCGAGUCUGAGACUGGAUCGUUCGAAACAGGAGCGGCGUUUGAGACGUUGGUAACGCAGUUAGUCGUCCAGGACAUUUUGAAGCCUACGGUGCAGCGCGUUAUCCAGGUCAUUGCCCUGGGUGAGAACAAGAUGCUGUUGGCCAAGUCUGUAUCAGAGGCCGGUGCGUUACCCGAGGGUCUGCAGUUGCGCGUCGACUGCCGUGGCCAUGUGGUCAUGGUCGACGGCGACCAGGAGACUGAGCAAGUGCGGCCGGCAGACUCGGCAGGGUUGGAGGAGAGCGUAGUGCAUCCGUCCUCGUUCCAUUCGUACUGGACUUGCGCCAAGGAAUGCGGCACACUACUCACAACUAUAGUCAAGGCCGUCGGACCCGCGGGCACACCAGACCUGGACCGCCUAUACGACUUCUUUUACAGCGCCGCCGUCGACUCCCUCACAACACUAUUUGGCUCCAGACAUCCCGGCCUCUUGGAAACGUGGAGUCGUGCACUUCAAACCAUCGGUACUAAAUGCGCCCGGGCGGCAGCCGUAGACCUCGCUAACAAACCCGAACAGGCAGCUCGAUGGGGUCUCAUUCCUUUCCGACUCAUCCAGCAAAUGGCACUUGCGCUCUCACCCGAAUGGCAGCUCAGAAUCGCAUCAGGCCUACACUCCAACAGUCGGGACAACCGACGACUGGACAGACUUUGCACACCCCUCAGAAUAACACCCACCAGCGCCCUCCAUGCCCAACUCCUCAAUGGACCUCUCCUCGUCCGACUUCUCCCUCCGCCCCUGCGAAAGUCAGCCAGUCUUCUCGCUGCACUCCGAGCCAUCUUCCCCGACAUCCUCGUCGGUCAGCCCUCGAGGUAUGCUAUCUACGCUCCCACCGCGCCCCACGCCAUUACCGCGCAGCACGCCGCCACCGCGCAAGACGCCACCACCGUACCGGACUUGAACGGAGAGAACGCGCAGGAUCGACGACGAGCUUCGGGCACAGCACCAGGGUCGGAUGCAAAGGAUACUCCGGAGGGGGUGAACAGUCCGGAGGGAGUCGAAAGCAGGACUGGCUUGGAGAGUCUGGGAGAUGCUAGUCCCGGAUUGGGCGGUGCUAGCCUCAUCGGAUUAGGGAGCCCGAGUGGCCUGGACAGUCGUAGUGGGUUAAGCGGGUCCGAAGUUUUGACUUUACCGGCCGUCCCGAAUCCGAGUCCUUUGAGCGAGAUUGAGAUCGGCUCGUCUCCGUCCUCCAGCGUGCAGAGCGCGUCGACUGCGGCCGCGCCCGUGGACGUCAAGCAGCUGGCGGCCGUCUUUUUCCAGCACGUCUGGGCGAUGUCUCGGCUCGCCAUUCCGCGCGGAAACAGCGCAGGCGAUAGCACUGAUAGUGCUGAUGAGCCUGAAUGCAAUGGCCCAAAAGCCGAGGACACUUUGGCUAAUACGGACCUUAAACGGAGUGUGGAUUUGGCACAGUGUAUGGAUUCGGUACAGUGUACGGACUCGGCACAGUGUACGGACUCGGCACAGU